AUGACAUCUACAUAUCAUAUUCGAUGUUUUCCUCCUGUUUCUUCAUUAAUUUAUGGUCAUUUAUCGCAACUUUGGUCUGCGGAUUCCUAUUCUAAACAACUUCGUAAAUGGUCUUUACAAUAUGGUUCUAUUUAUGGACUUUUCGAAGGUUUUCGUCCUGUAUAUGUCGUUUCUGAUUUAGAAUUUAUCCAAGAAGUGUUUAUUUCUCAAUUUACUCGUUUUUGUGCACGACGAAUGCUUUUUAUACAUCGUAUGUUAGGUGAUCGGCAACUAAAUGUUUUUGGUGCACGUUCUAUUGAACAAUGGACAAGACAACGAAGAAUACUUAAUCCAACAUAUAGUAUAUCAAAGAUGAAACAAUUGUUACCAACACUUGAAUCUUGCACAGAUAUAUUUAUUGAGAAAUUAACAUCAACAAUAUCUAAUGAAAUAAUUAAUAUUCAAGAAUUCUAUCUACGUCUAUCGAUGGAUAUUAUUUGCCGUACUGCCUUUGGUAUUAAAACCGAUGUACAAAAUGAUCUGAAUGAUACAAAUAUCUAUUUGAAAAAAAUGAAAGAAAUGUCUGAUAAUGAUUUAGAAUAUACAUUUCUAGGAAAAAUUCAUCGAAUCAUAUCGACUACACAAUUAGCUAAUAUAUGUACAUAUUUAUUCCGUUUUAAACAAUGGAUAAAUUGGGGAACACCAACAGAUGUUUGGUUUUCUGAACAUAUUCAUCAAUUAGUUCAACCACGUUUUAAACAAAUAAAUCAAGAACAUACUCUUGAUCUACUUCAAUUGAUGAUUGAUGCUGUUCAUUCAGAGAAAGAAGGAAAAUUAACCCCAUCUGAAAUGUUUAGUAAUGCAUCUGUUUUCCUAACAGCAGGAGCAGAAACAACAUCAAUAUCACUUGCAUAUUGUACAUAUCGUCUUGCGAGACAUUCGACUAUUCAAGAGGAAAUCUAUAAUGAAAUAAAUAAUUUUAUUCGAGAAGUUUUUCGUAUGCAUCCCAUUGCAAUUCAAGUUCUUAAUCGAGAAUGUAUGGAAAAUACACGUAUUGGUCAAUAUAAUAUUGAAAAAGGUUCAUUAAUUCAAGUAGAUCUUCACUCAAUUAAUUUCAAUCAAGAUUUGUGGGGUUUUCAAUCAGUAGAUGAAUUUCAUCCAGAACGUCACUUAGACAAAAGACAUCCACUUGCAAAUAUGGGAUUUGGUGCUGGACCACGUCAAUGUAUUGGAAUGAGAUUUGCUCUUAUGGAAAUUAAAUCGUGUCUGACUCGAUUAAUCAAAGAAUACAAUAUUAAACCAACAGGAGAAGAACCAUAUAAACUCAAUAUACAUGAAAAAUUUCUUAUUAUGCCUGAAAAAGUUUGUGUCAGACUUGUAAAACGUUCUUAA